AUGAAUAUAAAUCUGAGCGACAUAUUCACGACUGCUGGACGACGACAGACACAAAAGGAGGACAGAUACACAAAAAACACAAUUGGAAUACACACGAGUAUUCUCGCAAGCACGAAGAUAUCCACGCUUCCUCGAAGCUCAAGAAUAAAAAACAGGCACAUCGACACAUCACCCCAUCGCAUCCUUGAUGCACCAGGAAUGCUUGACGACUACUAUCUGAACCUUCUGGACUGGAGCACCACAAACAUAGUUGUGAUUGGGCUUGGUGAGGCUGUGUAUGGAUAUAAUGUUUACGACAAGAGCGUGGUUGAAAUGUAUGCAGGGAGCGACUAUGUUUCCUCCGUGAAGACCAGCGGAAGCAUGCUGUGUAUUGGCAACUCCGAUGGAUCAAUGAAUCUUAUUGAUAUAUGCACUACCAAAAUCAUACAAAGCGUAAGGAACCACAAUUCAAGGAUCUCCUCGUUGAGCUGGAACGGAAAUGUGAUCAGCAGCGGGGACAAGGCAGGAAGGCUCUGCAACAUGGACAUAAGAUCUGGACAAGUAUCUGCAAUAGGUGGGCAUUCUCAGGAGAUCUGUGGGCUUGCAUGGAGUGCAGACCUCAGGUAUUUAGCCAGCGGAGGAAACGACAACACAAUACGCAUCUGGCAGCUUGGAAACAACAAUUCGCAGGCCCUUUCAGGCCACAAGUCUGCAGUCAAGGCACUGGCAUGGUGCCCAUGGAGAUCAGGCAUUUUAACAUCCGGGGGAGGAACAAAAGACAUGACAAUCAAGUUCUGGGACGUCACAGAAAACAAGCUUGAAAGAAGCAUCGACACACAUUCGCAAGUGUGCACACUCACAUAUCUUCCGAAGUACAAAGAGAUUGUCUCUUCGCACGGAUAUAGUGAAAACGACAUACGGAUAUGGAAAGCAUCAACUAUGAGCUUGAUAUCAUCUUUUGGAAAGCAUGCUUCAAGAGUCCUUCAUGUAGCGCCAAGCCCUGAUGGAUCAGAACUGGCUUCUGCAUCUGCUGAUGAAAACCUGAAAUUCUGGAAGCUAUUCAGUGUAGAAAAGCAAGCACCAAGAAGAGACAGUCUUCCUUUCAGAUAA